UCAUACUUUCUUCACAGGCACAACCAUGGCUGGAAAGCUCCUUACUCCAGCCGUAACAGGCGCUCUCCUCUUCGCGCUGACCUCAUCUCCCGAUCGCGUCAGAGAACCACUCCUCGCACAGCUCAGGCAAUACCUCUCAAUCGAGAACAUCGGACGUCUGAUCACAGGCUUGAAAUGGCUCGUGGCUCUCGGCGUCAUCAGCGAUGCAAACAAGUGGCUCUCCGAGCUCGCACAAAACAACUUCCGACUGAGAUCUGAGAAGCACAGAUACCACUGGCCUCAAGAAGUUGCAGUCAUUACCGGAGCUACAGGAGGCUUCGGAAGUCUCAUGUCCAAAGACUUCGCGUCGCGAGGUGUCAACGUCAUGGCGCUGGACGUCCGUGAUGACCUUCCAGCGGAUAUGAAGAACAACCCCAAGAUCCACUACUUCAAGUGCGAUGUGACAAAUCGCCAACAAGUCGCCGACGUUGCAAGACAAAUCCGCGAGGAGCACGGCGACCCAAGCAUUCUGAUCAACAAUGCUGGUAUCUCAAGCGAAGGACCGAUUCUCGACCAGACUCAAGAAAGUCUGCGCCGAGUGUUCGAUAUCAACAUCAUUUCCCACUACUAUACUGUUCAAGAAUUUCUUCCGGCUAUGGCCAAGAACAAGAAGGGACAUGUUGUUACCAUCGCAUCCAUGGCUGCUUUCGUGACAACUCCAGGUCUUGUUCCCUACAGCAACACCAAGGUGGCCGCUUGGGGCUUCCACGAGGGUCUCCAACAAGAGACGCGAGUCUUCCUUGAUGCGCCAGAAGUCAAGUUUUCUGUCGUUCACCCAUCGUUCGCGAACACCCCUAUGGUGGCGCCAUUCAAGACCGAACUCGAGGCUAGCGGAGCACGUGUCAUUACAGCCGAGAGUGUCUCGGAUGCUGUGGUGAAGCAAGUCAUCAGCGGACGAGGCAAGCAGAUCAUCUUGGCUGGUAAUGUGGGCGCCGCAGUGUUCCUAAGGUCUGUGCCACACUGGUUGAGCCUUGGAAUCUUCAGUCUUGGAGACAAGAGGACGAGAGUAAGUCUUGAUGUUGCUUUGCCCUCCUCGAAGUGAACCCAAUGCUAAUAUCUGCCAGGCAUCGUACAAGAAACUUAUCACCAAAUCAUCGACGCAUAAGGCUCGUUAGACGGAUUUUGAAGAGUUGGAUGCUGUAAUAGAUACCCAUUAGUAUGCCGGAAGCA